UUGUAGAAAAUUCCUGUGGAACAUAGAACAAAAAGUGACUGGAACCUAAGUUGCCAUGGGGGGAAUUUUUGUAAAUACUGCAAACACAAUCUUCAGCGUACCCAAUCACACACUUUUCACCGAGAUACGACUUUCAGCUAGUCUCCAAGGAAACUGAUCCCACAUUUAUCAGGAAAGAACAGUCAAUGAGGAAAGGGUACAAGCCCAGACAUGUUGAAGUUGAAUAGUAAAACGUCUAAAGGUUUCUGCGUGUACUCUAUGUGGGCGUGUGUGUGUAGCGGGUGUUCUUUCAACAUGUCCCUUGACAACCACGGCCCAGAAACGAUUUGUUUGGCAUUGCAGCAUUGAUAAGGGCCUGGCCACAGAGCACACAGUGGAGUAUCCACAAUUUCUACUCAAAGGGUGCCUGAGCAACAGCAGCAGGCAAAGAACAACAGCAGUACUCAACUUCACUGGAAGGGAGAAGUCUACAGAAAACCCGAGAGAGGCAGUCUUCCUCUACCAUUAUCAUUAUUAUCUCAACUGAGAUCAUCUUUUUGUUCAGGAGACUAAACUACUACAUGUUGGCUGAAUGGACCUCAGAAUAAUCUACCACCAGCAGCUUCACUGAUUAUGUGGAAAAAAAUGGAGCAGAGGAACCAGAGGACUGAGAGUAGGGCGGAGGCAGAUCUGAUGGAUGCAGAGCCGGAAGGAGUGGCAAGGCAUCAGGGAGAGGUGGCAGACGGGAUGCGGCUGGAGUCGAACACUCAUGCCCAGCGCCUCCUGAAAGGGGCAGGGUCCCUGUGGCAAGAGGGAGCGCUGUGCGAUGUCAUUCUGGAGGCAGAGGGAGUACAAUUUGCAGGUCACAAGGCGAUCCUGGCGUCUGUCAGCAGCUAUUGUCGCCUUCUGUUCACAGGAAGACCCUCUCCAUUUCCCUCAGGAGGGCUGGUAAAGCUUCAGGGGGUCAGAGCCCAUGGGUUGGAGCAGGUGCUGGGAUUUGUUUACCGUGGUCACAUGACCUUGAGCCUGAACGUGGUGGAGGAGACUCUGCAAGCAGCGAAGAUCCUAAUGAUCAGGGAUGCCAUCAAGAUCUGCCUUCACUUCCUAGAUGUCAGUCUAACCCCCGAGACCUGUACUCAGAUACUAUCUGUGGCUCACCGGCUGGGCCCCUCCCAGUUCCACCGCAGAGUUUUGGGAUACUUGGGAGCCCACUGUAAGAGCCUGCUGAAAGACCCGGAGACCCUGUUGGAUCUGGACCCCAAGGCCCUGCUGGAGCUGGUGAGCCAAGAUGACCUGGGGGACAUCAGCGAGACCAACGUGCUCCGUGGCACCCUCCGUUGGCUGCAGCACAAUCCUGACCACGCUGUUCAUGCACAUGCCGUCUUCUGCAAGUUGCGGCUCCCCCUGGUCCCCCCAGAGGCUCUGUUGGAUGAGCUGGGGGAGCGCCCCCUGGUGUGCGCUGACCCACAUUGCCUUCAGCUGCUGCGCCAGGCACUGGCCUACCAUGCCCGGCCCUACCUCCAACCCGCCCUCCAGGGCCCCUCCACAACCGUCCGUGGGGCUACGCCAUGCCUGGUGGUGCUGGGUGGCAGGACUGCGGGUAAUCUGGUGAGUCGGGAAGUUUGGGCAACGGCGGAGGGUGACAUGGACUGGAGUAGACUGGGAGAAUUGGGAGCCCCACUGUACAAUCACUGCUGCGUCGUGCUCAACAACUUCCUCUUCGUCCUGGGUGGGCAGCACCAGUUCGAUCCUUGCGGAAAACAGCCAACUAACGAGGCAAGUCUUCUACUUUCUUGGUGAGAAAUGCAGUUUCCCACAAGAUCAGACAGCAGCAUGUGAUAAUGUUGUCCCAGUCACUCAAACCUCCA